UUGGAGCGAGCGCGCGCGCCUCGCACUGCAUUCGCGCCCGGCGCGCGCCCUCGCUGCCUGGAGUCCCGGCGCUCGAGCCAGUCGCGUGCGGAGGCUGCAUGUAGCUCCAAGCUGCAGCGAGAAGCAAAGAGUAAUGAUGAUAAAGGUCCUGAUAUGUGUUGUUGUUGUAGCCUUCCUGCAAAUAGAAGGCAGGCAACGGACGACGUCGGACAGCGGUAAUUUUCUGGAUGAUAAGCAAUGGCUGACUACUAUCUCGCAGUACGACAAGGAGCCGGGACACUGGAAUAAAUUCCGAGACGAUGAUUAUUUCAGAAGCUGGAACACUGGCAGACAUUCGGAUCCAGGGCUUGAUUCUACCAAAGAUCCAUGCCUAAAUGUGAAAUGUAGUAGACAUAAAGUGUGCAUCGCACAAGACAACCGUAGAGUGGUCUGCAUUAGUCAUAGACGGCUAACACACAGCAUGAAAGAAACUGGCUUGACCCACAAAUCACGGAAAGGAGCAAAUUGCAAGUUGUGUCCAGUAGUUCAUCCUCAUCCUGUAUGUGGAACAGAUGGCCAUGUCUACUCUUCUCCGUGCAAACUGGAAUAUCAAGCGUGUGUUUCAGGCAAGCAGAUCUCAGUCAAAUGUGAAGGACGGUGUCCUUGCUCCUAUGAUAAAUCAUCAAUUGAAGGAAAAGAUGAAAAGAAAGCAGAAUGUGGUGACAGGGAGUUCAGAGAAGUUGUGUCAAGACUAAAGGACUGGUUCAAAGUGCUCCAUGAAAAUGGAAAUCGCAACAAAAAGACUCAUGGAUUUCAGAGACAAGACAAGGACAGAAUUAAGCAAGAAGAACUGACUAGUCAACAGCAUGUAUCUGAAGGACAUCAGGCAUCAGGGCGCCAACAAGAAGCAAGCAUCAGGACAGAUACGUACACAAUGCAACAAUUGUAUAGUGAUGUGGAUAAAGGAGCACACAGUGAAGGACAGGGUGCUGAUGUUGGAGGAUUUGACACCAGUAUUCUACCCAUUUGUAAGGAUUCACUUGGAUGGAUGUUUAACAGACUGGACACAAACUAUGAUCUGCUGCUUGAUCAGUCAGAACUGGGAAGCAUUUAUUUUGACAACCAUGAUCAGUGCAUGAAACCAUUUUUCAAUUCAUGUGAUACAUACAGAGACGGUCGCAUCUCCAACAAUGAGUGGUGCUACUGUUUUCAGAGAAAUCAAGAGCCACCCUGCCAGAUGGAACUAAACAAUAUUCAAAGACAGCAACGAGGAAAGAAAUUGCUUGGAACUUUUAUUCCAACUUGCGAUGAAGAUGGUUAUUAUAAAGCAAUCCAGUGUCACGGCAGUGUAGGACAAUGCUGGUGUGUCGACCGAUAUGGAAAUGAAAUGAGAGGAUCUAGAUCAAGUGGAUCACCAGAUUGUGUUGGUGAUCUAGAGAUUUCAGGUGACUUUGGCAGUGGUGACUUCCAUGAAUGGUCAGAUGAUGAGGAUGAUGUGGAAGUAAUCAACGAUGAGGAAGAGGAUGCAGAAGUUGACAAUGAAGAUGAUGAAGAUGACGAUGAUGAAUAUGAUGUAGGGGGCUACAUAUGGUAGUCUGGAAAUGUCAUGAACUUUAAUAUUUUGCACGUUUCUAUAGUGAAAUCUCAUCCAUUAUUAGACACAUUAAAGUGAACAAAAGAUAUUUCAGUCAACAUGUAUAUUUUGUACAAUUAUACCUUCAAAUAUGGAUCCUCCAGAAAUAGGUCUGUACCCUUUAAAAAUUAUUGCAGUACUUGUUAACUCUGUAAUUUUUGAAAGCAUAAAUUAAUAAUUAUAAUCCAAGCCAGUUAAAUGAAAUACAAUGCUAAAACACAUGUAAAAACCUCAUCAAUGAUUUUGAAAAUUAGCUUCCUUUGAAUUGUGUUCUGUCAUUGUACGUGGCCACAUUGUGAUGCAGUAAGCCUAGUCUGCUCCUCCACAAAUGACCUGUGUACACAGCUCCUGGCAUUGAUCCUGAAAACAUGAGUCAUGGCAUUGAUUUCCUUUGUUUUCAGAGUCUGUUGGUUAUUCACAUGGCACAGCAUUUAGUUAACUUUUGCAUAUGCACAUUAUUAUGGUGAAAUUUGCAGCAGUUGGAAUUUUUAGCCAGCGGUGGUUAUGGCAACAAGCUGUUCUUGCCAUACAUUGACUGAAGCAUUAGUAAAGAACGUGGAUGCCUUGACUACCUGAGUGAUUUUUUUUGUCUUCAAAUAAAAUUUAAUCAUCUUUUUAAAAGUAUGCAUACUUUUAAUCAGUAGUUUGAAGUAAAUAGAAGUCACAUUACGAUGUGCCUUUCAAUUUAAAAAUAGACAUCUUGUUUGUGUAUGAAAAAUAGGGGUUCAGGAAAUAUUUAAUCAUGCCCGUUCACAGCUAAGUACUGCAGCUGCAAAUGUGGGAUAAGAGAAAAGUAAUUUUAAGUAAUUAAUUUUUCAAUAGUUAUAACAGUCAACUAUGGACUAUAAAUAUAUGCCAGAAAUGUGUAGCAGUAGCACUUAACAACUUUGCUAUAGAUUAAAUUGCCCUGUAUUUAUGUUAGCAUGUUAAUUGAUUGUAUAGACAUGUUGGAAUCCCAUCGCCUUGAUACAUAUUAAAGUUGAGUCUUUUAAGUCCUCUUUCAACAAAAAUCAAAAGUUGUUUGUAGUUACUAACAUAACAUUGCAUUGUGUGCUGUUUAUUUAGAACAUAUGAUUGUCAGCUCUUAAAUGUUUCUUCUGAAAUCUGGACUAUCAAAAAAACCACAAAUAAUAUAACACAUUUCCAUUCUUUUUUCCUUAUAUACUGAAUUUGCAUUUCAAAAUGGAAAGGCUAUGCUGCAUUUUUUUUACUGUAUGUAUAGUUUGCAAUAAUAAAGGACUCCUGUAACCAGUUAAA